AUGCCGCCAAAGAAGAAGGCAUCCAGGGCCACGGCAAACCGGAAGUUAGAAAGGCCGAGGAAGGCCUUGAAGGAAGCUUUGGAAGCAUUUCGGGAAGCUGCUGGCAAUUCGGAAACAGUGGCCACUGCAAUCUGGAACCUCCUGACGGCUGAUGAGAAAGAAAGCUUGCAGGUGCACGUUCCGGAAGCAGAUCGUGGUGGCUCUGCCAAGGUUAUUCAAAAAGUUUCAGAAUUAGCAAAAGGGUCCACAGUAGCAUCAACAGAUGCCAAAAGUUUUUUGGCUGCUGCUGGGCGUGAUGUGUUUCGAAAGAAACGCAUUGCUGAAAGAUCAUUGAAGCUCAAAUUUUCACAAAGAGUGUGGGCUAAAGCCUGCGCCAACCGGGUUGGCUCAAUCAAAAAAGGGCGCCCAAACAUUGUCAACGACCCCAAAGUCACCAAACAGGUUCGGGAAUUCCUGGUCGCCAACUCCCUCCUCUGCUCUCAUUAUCGCAAGAUUCGCGGUGAGCUCAUCCAGUGUCGAGCGCUAUCCCGGUCCAAGACCAAGCUCUGGAAAUUGCACAAAGAAAUGCAAGACUUAAUGAGCUUGAGUUCUUGGCUUCGGCACUUGAAAGCAGAACAUCCCCAUUUCAGCAAAUUUAAGAAGAAGGUCGACAUGUGCCCUGUGUGCCACAAGUACGACAAGCUCGUAGUUCCUCGUGUGGAAAAGAGCAUCGAAUCUGCCUUGCGCAGUGUGCAAACUGUGGAACAAGGGUACUUUGCGAAGCUUGAUGAAUUCUGGAGCUCAAUGACCGCGGCUGGCAAAACCGACCCAGAUGGAAAGAGCAGCCUACAGUUUGUACGUGGAGCCAUCCAAUACAUUGAUAAAAACAUGGCCAACAGGAGAGGCAAGCGCACUCCUGAUGUGCCAGGUGCGCGGAAACACCUCUUUGAUCUGCGAGAAUCAGAGCUGAAGGCUUUGAAUGAUCUGAAGAGUGUGCUGUCGCUUCUUGAAUCCUGCGAGCACCAUUUCCACAGUUUUCGAAGGCAGCACAAUUGCAGAGAAAAGAUGGAGGAGGACCUCCCGCCUGACAGCGUGAUCAUCCAGUUGGAUUAUGCUGAAAACCUGACGCUGCCCUUGGGACCUGUGGAGGAGCAAUCUUGGUUUUGGGCCACGGCCCGCUUGAGCUUCUCAACCCUGGGACUGUAUGCCUAUGCCUUUGUUGCUACUGCAGUGGACAUCUUGCAAACGCACCCGCAAAUUACUGCUGUGUAUUUCAAUUUCUUUGGUGAGCAUCAUGGCAAGGGACGGAAUGAUGGGCAGUUUGGCUUACAACGCCUUUGGCUAGAAGCAUAUUCAGCACGUCAUGUAGUUUCUUCGGCCGACGCUCUUCUGACUGCCUUGCGGGAAGGAGCCCGGGAAACAAUGCUCAGUGAUCCACCGCCUGUCGGCCCUCAGUAUGAAAUAGCGCAUUUUCACCCAAGCAAACCCAAAACUUUUCUGUACCUAGACGCAGCUUCUAUGGACUUGAAAAUCGACUACACCUAUUGCCUUGGCUUUUUCAGAAGCACUGUUUCACAUGUUCCAGCCCGGCUGGUGAACUACAUCUACUCAGAUCGCAUUGCCUUGGUGGAUGGAGGCCAAAACCUUGGAAAGGCGAUAGUGGUGGACCGCGUUUGUCAGGAUGUUCAUUGGAGGGUUUCGUACAGGAAGGAUGAGCCGGAGAAAGAAGCUCUACCAGAAGCUUUGCUGCAGAGACGCUUCCAAGCGCAGAAGCAUGUGAAAAUAGGUAUCACAGGCCGGCGGCAGAGUGAAAUCCAGAAGUUAUUGGCAGAUGAGAAGCAGCGGGCAAAACGUUCCCAGAAAGCCCGACGAGAACGCUUGGCAUUCAAGUCUGAUGACUCUUCUAGCUCUGCCAGUGACAGUUCUGAUUCUUCGAGCUCGUGA